UAAAGAAGAAACACAGAUUAUUAUAAAAACAAAAAAGAGGAACGAUUAGAAUAAUAUAGAAAAACGAUUGGACUCCCUCGAAUUUUCUACCCUCACCCUUUUAGAUUUAGCCAGAAUACGACGCGCACGAGGGAGUAAUAAAGAAAGAAAGAAAGAAAGAAAUAAAGAAAGAGAGACAAUUUCACCGUCUAAGAAUAACUCUUGGUACUUCUCUUUCUCUUUUUCCUUUCUCUCUCUUUCUCACUCGCAAGAAUAAGAAUAAGAAGAAGAAGAAGAAAAAUAAAAAGAAAAAGAAAUAUAAAUAUAAAUUGUUCUUUUUAUCAACGUAGUUAUAAAAAUCCCGCGGUUUUGUUUUUUUUUCUUCAAAUUAAUCGAACGAACAAAACAAAACAAAAAACGAUCGUGUAAUUGAAAUUUGAUAUUGGCGCGAUUACAUCAACUCAUUCGUAUUAUUGAUCAAAAGAGAACUUGUUUAAAAGAAAUAAAACGAUAAUAAACAAAACAAAUUAAAUAAAUAAAUAAAUAAAUAAAUAAAACAAGAAAAGAAGGAAGGUAAGAUCGAUAUCGAGUAAACACGGAUGAGGCGUAAAAGGGAGGAAGUUGUCAAACGGGGGGCGAGAGGAUUUGUGAUGCUUGGUAAUCGGGAUGGCUAGGAGGGAGGAGGAGGAGGAGGGGUUAGUGUGAGAGGAUGUCGCAAACCGCUGAUGCUGAGAGCGAGACGGGCUCCAUCUGCGACGAGGAACGCGUUAGGAAGCUUUUUCAAGCAUGCGACGGCGACGGAGAUGGUUUUAUCGACAGUCAAGAUUUGCUGACGGUAUGCAGAGAACUGAAUCUGGAAAAUUCCGUGGAAGAGUUGAUGAGGGAAUUAGGUGCGGACGAGCACGGUCGCAUAUCCUAUCAAGAGUUCCUCAGACGUCGUUUGGCACUACGACCAGAAAUCGAGGCCCUUAGGUCUGGUAAACAUAGAACUAGCCCUCAUCACACUCACACACCGGAAUAUCUUCCAACUAGCAGUGACAAUAGUCUUGGAACAGUUUCGGGAAGACAUGAGAGUUGGGAAUUCGACAGUGGUGCACGUGAUCUUUCACCGGAACCUCACACCCUACAAAAGCUCGUCGAAGCUGCUGCCGGUGGAUCUGGAAAUAUGUUGGAUCUUGCUAAUAAGCUUCAUGCAGCUGCAUUGUCAUCGUUAAGAUCCGAAGUUGCCGAUUUAAAUUCACGAUUAUUGAUAGCUACUCGUGCGAGAGAAGCUGCUGAAGUAGCUUUAGCAAGAGCAGAAGUUCAAACUGCUAAAGCUGAGCAAAGAGCUGAACAGCAGGCGGCCAGACAUGAGGAGAGACUUACCGAAUUGCAUUCUGUCAUUGCCGAGCUUGGCAGACAGUUGGAGAGGCAUCGUGCUACCGUAAUUGCCGAGGAGGAUGAGUCCGAAAUCGAAACCAGUAGGGAUGCUGAGGGAUCGAUUACGAAUCCGGUGGAGGAGAGCGAAGGGGGUGGAGAUAUUCAAGGUGAUGGUGAUAGAACCUUGGGAGAUGCCGAUUCCAGUUGCUGCGAGGAAAUUGAACAUCGUACCAAUGAGAAUGGUAGGGAACAAUUGGAUAGUCCUGCUGCUUUACCAACCCCAGAACCAACGCAACCAGCAGCAUCAUGUCAAAGUGUUGCCGUGGCUACUCUACAAGAGGAAGUUACGGCCCUUAAAGCAGAAAUCGUGAGCCUUCAAGCACAGUUGGCACAGUUUAAGAAUCAGGGACAGAAUGGCAAUCAGGGACAACUCAAUGGGGACUCCCCUCGACGAGAAAAUAAAACGAGAGGAAACACCAGCUCGCCAGAACCUCUAACCGCACCUUGCUCGCCACUCUUGCCACCCCUUCAAACACCACCGACAAAGAGCGUAACGAGGGAAGAACCGCCGAUCCUCAAGAUGGCUGAGAGAGUGAGAUUAAGGAGAACAGAUGAAAGGCAUAUCACCGGUCCCGAUAUUACGAAUCUCGGUGUUUGUUCGACCAUGGUUGCCGAGCAUCUCGUAUCUGAUCUAUUAGAACAAUCCAAUUUGCAAGAGUUAAACGGUUCGGAAAAACAAUUUGAGGUAGAAACGGAAAGAUUGAACAGUAGAUUGGAACAUGCUAGAGCUAACAACGCUGUUCUAGCUUUGACCUUACAUGAGAGUAAAGCACAAUGCGAUAGAUUGAGUUUAUUGGUUGGAAAAUACGAAUCUAAUGCAAUGGCAUUAAGAUUAGCGUUAUCCUAUAGCGAUCGUGCCAUAGAAGCUUACGAUGUUCUCGUAGCUUUAUUAGAAAGUGAAAUUGCACUUUCUACCGAACGUAAUAGCCUUACUAUCGAUAAUAGAAGAGCAGCUGAGAAUGUAGCUUAUCAUCUGUUGAACAGACUUGAAAAUGAUUGUGCUAAUGUUAUGGGUGCACCUUGGGAAGAUAGUAUUAUCUUGUCAGAUGAAUCUGAAGUAACUUGGACAGUUGAAAAUGAAGAGAGACUUAGAAGACACAUCAGCAAAUUAAAAGGUGAACGUGGUAUGGUUAGAUCAACUGCAGUAGAAUUGGAAAGUGUUCAUGUUGAACCACUUAAUUCAAAAAAUACUAUAUCUCUAGCGGAAGCUAGAAAAUUAGAUUUAGAGACUGCUGUGCUAAUGCAAGAACUAAUGGCUAUGAGAGAAGAUAAAGCAGAAUUGAGAGCAAGAGUAUUUCUUUUGGAAAAGGAAAGAGCUACGAUGGAACUGAAAUUAAAUGCACAGGAAACGCAAAUUGCAGCUCAGCAUGCUGCUAUAGAACAUCUUCAAGGACAACUUAACGAUACAGAGGCUAUGUUAUCGAUGAAUAAAGAUCGAGGUCUUAGCGAUAAUGAAAGUGAGGGUAUUGAAUCUGAACUUAUAGAAGCAUUGGGUAGAGAAGCAAGAUUGAAAGAACGUCUUCAAGAAUUAGUUUCAACAUUAGAUAAAGUAAAUAAGAAUUCUGAAUUGAGACAUCAACAAUCUGCAGAACUUGUGAACGAUUUGAAAAAAGCUAACAGCACUCUGGUACAAACGUUGGAAAAGACAAAGAAAAAAUAUCAAUCUAGAUUAAAGAAAUUAGAACAACAAAUGUUGGGAAUGGUGGAAAGACAUACAACGCAGGUUAAAUCACUGCAACAACGCAUAGCUUUGCUUGAAGAAGAAGCAUCGGUAUAUAAAGGAAGUUUACCAUUACAAUCGCAAAGCUCAGGAGCUAGUGAAACAUCUUUAUGACAAUUAAGUGACUAAUUAAAAAAUGAUCUAAACAACGUAAACGUAAUUUAUUCAAAUGCGUUUCCUGUCGUCGCGAAACGUGCGAAAUAAAGAUUAAAUUUAUGUAUUUUUUUACUCGAAUAAUUUCUUAAGCAUGACGCUUUGCUAUUCGCUUUGUAAUUUUAUGAAGAUAUAUAUAUAUAUAUAUAUUGAUAUAUCAUUCUAUUGUAGAAUACAGAAAUUUAUGCUGGGAAUUGUGACGUGCUAUGAAUACUUCGACGCGUGCAAGCUAUUAUAGUAAUAUGAUGAAUUAUAAAUAUAAAUUACUAGUAAUGUUGUUUCAUUCAUAGCAGUGAUAUUUACUUGUAAAUAUGUAUAUUGUAAGCAUAAACAGAAGUGUGAUACAUAUAAACAAUAAUUAAA